AUGGAGCAGCUGCCGCCUUCCCCUUUAUGGACUAGCCCGCCAAGCUCCAGAAACGGUGCGACUCGACUGCGAUCUCUCCAAUAUUGGGACGGAGUUGACCACGACGCCGUUGCUACUGCACGCUGCUCUAUCUUCUCUUGCCGUGAUGCCAGUAGCCAUUAUUCCUUUUCCCAACGUAGUAAACGAGCGUUAGUACACGUCGUGAAUCUCCAUUCAAGCCACAUUGCCCGAACCCCACGCGCGAACAUGGCCACCAAGAAGGAUAUGCGGAGACCGGAGCUCGCUGUUCCAUAUGUCGAACCGCCUGCGAAAGCGUCAGAUGCUUCUGAUAUAAGCAGCACGAUGUCGAACACGAUGCCCAUGGCUGCUAUGUUUUCGAGAAAUAAGAUGAUUGCCUGGGCUGCCGUCACCUUCUCUCUGCAAAACUGGAUGGCGGAAACCCCGGAGCAGCAGAAGAAGUCCGCAACACCAGCAUACAUGGGUGUGAUUAUGGCUUUCCUCUCUGUCAUUGUUACGUACAUGCCCAUGUUUCUCCCUACCCCCGGCAAUCCUGCACCAAAAGCAGCAGCUCCCCCUCCGAUGCCAUCCUCUUAAUCCUCUACCAUUACCCAUUCUGCUCUUGCAAAAGAGGUGUAUUAUCACUCCCGUUUUAUAUUUCCCAGUUAGCUGCAAAUAUUUAUUAUGAAGAAUAUACGCAUGCAAGUUUCUGUAUCCAUAACUACGGUCAGAUGCCAAAUCUUAGAAAAGUGCUUUUGGAGAAAAAAUAUAAAAACUGAACUUGAUCAGACUGUACCUUACUACUAUUUUUGCCCCUUCAUUAACACCUACCUUAUGCUAUUUUCAAAGACUACCCAUUUCCCACCAUCGGUGAUCCUCCUAAAUCCAUCCAUCAAAAU